UCCAUCGCCAUCAGCUUCCUCGCCGUCACCACAAUGGUCAACUCCGAAGCGGGUCCAUCGCGUCCCGCGCAUCCGGCAUUCCCCUCCGUGGCUGCGCCAAGUCCUCAAAAUGUUCCUGUCCCGCCUAGCCCCGCCCACCUUUGGAAGCAGAUCCAAGACUCGAGCUCGCCUCAGCUCCUCAGCGAUUUGGCCGCGCUCAUGGACUUCCUUGCGCCGUCCAAGCCCGGCAACGAGGAAGCUCCCCGUGAACUCCUUCUUCUUGAAGGUAUUGACCUCACGAGCGUCUCCGGUGCGCAAGUACCUGCCAUUACUCUCGGGCUCGUCUACGUCCUCACCGAGCGUCUGAACCGGCGCACGCGCGGGGCGGAUGAAAACCUCGAGCUUGCGCUUAGCGUGUGUGUGAAUGGCAGCUCGGAACAGCUCGCGCGAGCUCCAUGGCGUGUGGCCCAGUUCGCCUGGGCGGUGCUCCGCGCGGCUCAGAAGGCUAAGGAGACCGCACGAGCACUGCAUCCACUGCAGCACUUACUCCGUCUUACUUUCAACAACGCUUACUUCAACGGCGUGCACGCCGCCUUCCUUGAGGCUUGCCUUUCGCUCCGCGCAAUUGAUUUGGGAUACCAAUCGCUGUCCAUCAUCUACUCCAACGUCGUGGCUGGCACUAGCGUCAUUGACGUGCUGACCUACUACCACCACGCCGGCACUGUCGCUGCUGCACAUGGCGACUUUGCUCGUGCGUCCGAGCUCUUUACCUUUGGCGCAUCGAUACCCGGCGAGACGCCAUCUGCGAUUCGCAUCGCCUGCGCAAAGCGGGCCAUUCUAUGCGAACUUCUUAGCAGCGGCCGACCGGCCCCCUUCCCGAAGGACAUGGCCCAGGCGACAAGCCGCUCCAUAGACAAAGGCAUGGAGCCCUACAAGAAGCUUUCGAAAGCCUUUGAAAACCGCGAGUGGGAUCAGGCAUCAGAGGCUGUGUCCUCCAACGAUGCGGUCGCCAUGUUUGAGAAGGAUUGCAACCGUGGGCUGGUCACGCAGAUCAUGCAGUCGAUUCCCAAGCGCCGCAUUCUCGAUCUCCGCAAGACGUACUCGCGCCUCUCUCUCCAGGACCUGGCCAGCAAGGUCAUGGCGCCCGCCGAUGCGGUAAAGUCGGCGAUCCAGGACAUGGUUGUUCGCGACGAGAUUCAGGCCACCAUCAACGGCGUGCCCGAAGUUGUGACGUUUGUGGAUGACGAUGACUACGCCUCGCCCCAGCAGAUGGUGAAGCUCGUGCAGGCCAACCUCCUGGCGCAGAACGUCAACAAUGACCUGCUUUACGCGAACCGUGCCAUGCUGCUCAACCGCAAGCUUCUCCAGAAGAAAAUGGACCGAAUCGAGAAUAAGGAUAAGCGCGGCAGCAUUGAGCCGCUCAAGUCGCGAGGCGAGUUUGAGGUUCCCGGCGACGAUAUCGGGCAGGUGCGUGGAGCAGGGAGCAACUACGCCGACAUGGGCUUCUAG